AUGGCAACAUCUCCAUCUUCGCAUCAAUUGCCAAGUACCUCAAACUCUACCGCCAUGGCCUUCCCAACCUUUCGAAAAGCGUGCAAGGACUUUCACGAUCAAUUCUACGACAUCCCGGAGAAGACCGACUUCUCUAUCCCAACCUUCCUCGCCUUCAGGGCCGUUUUCCGGCUUCUCAGCCUAGUCUACCUGCCGCCGCUCCUCAGUACUUCUCUUCCUCUCGCCUGGCUCGGGUAUCGCUUCCUGAGGUCGAUUAUCGACUCUCGCGAUGUGUUCAAGACUUCUUUCACUGAUAUUGUGAAAGGGAGGCACACGGCACGGGUGCCGGACGGCGUGGUUGUAUUUGUGCUGGGUGCGCGACUUAAUCAUCCAUUUGGAAAGCUGGCUCCGGGGACGAUUGAUCUGGAUAUCGUGUUCAAGAAUAUGUGGCGCGAGGUGGAGAAGAAUCGUGAGAAAUGGGGAUAUCUCGGGAGGACAGCAACCCUAGCCGACACUUCAGACAACGAGGGUACAACCACAGUCUGGAUCUCGUACUGGAAAGACGUGAAAAGUCUCCAUGAAUUCGCUGCUGGAGUUGCUCAUCAUACCCAAGACGGCUGGCUAGCAGAAAAAUAUCCCUGUGUGGGUAUUAUGCAUGAGACGUAUCAUGCUCCAAAAGGCAGCUAUGAGACUAUUUAUGGAAAUUUAGACCUUGGGGACUUGGUGAGUGCUGCUAAGAUUGCAAGUGGUGGGGAAGAGGGGAAACAAAGGCUUAAGGUCAAGCUUGUGCCUAAUGAGAAGGACUCAACCCUGUAUACGCGGAUGGGGAGGAAGAAUGAGUUAUAAACUCGGUGCACGAAUUCCAAGUUGUCAAACUUGUUUCCCGGGUAGCUUCAAAAUCAGUACCCCGAGAUUUUUUUGGCAGAUUACAAAUGUUGGUGUGCACCUCAAAGUCAUACAAAAGGUGAGGAUAGCUAUGAGAUUUGGAAGUGAAGUCGAGGUCUUCAAAGCUCCGCUCUCGCGUGGACGUUAGCACCCCUUUUUUUAUCUGGACAUUUGGGCGCUAAGAGUAUACCUGUAUGAGAGAUAGCAUCCCGUUUGUCCAUAUAUGUACAACCUUCUCGAUUGAGAAAGAUGGUGAUGUUGUCUCAGAAAGCAGGGCUCCGCACGUGAGAGCGCCACCAUGCAUGCACAGGGG